GAAACGUCGGCGGUGUGGCAAAGGGAGGCGACGAAGAAGAAUGAGCAGAAUGCUAAACGGAAAAUAGAAGGGACGGCUUCUGUUCAGUGAAUGUUAAACCCGUUACCUCGCACCACCACGUCUGAAUUGAGCCGCAUUAUAUUAGCCUAACUAUGACAGAGCCUCAGUCAGCGCUGUUACUCAGGAGACAGCUUGCAGAGUUGAACAAAAACCCAGUGGAGGGAUUCUCAGCAGGCCUCAUUGAGGACAGUGACCUCUACAGAUGGGAAGUCCUUAUCAUCGGCCCUCCAGACACGCUGUAUGAAGGUGGUGUGUUUAAAGCUCAUCUGACGUUUCCCAAAGACUACCCACUCAGGCCACCUAAAAUGAAAUUUAUCACAGAUAUUUGGCAUCCUAAUGUUGACAAGAAUGGAGAUGUAUGCAUUUCUAUUUUGCACGAGCCUGGAGAAGAUAAGUACGGCUAUGAGAAACCAGAGGAGCGCUGGCUGCCCAUCCACACUGUGGAGACCAUCAUGAUUAGUGUUAUCUCUAUGCUGGCAGACCCAAACGGGGAUUCACCGGCCAAUGUGGACGCAGCAAAAGAGUGGAGGGAAGACAGACAUGGAGCAUUCAAAAGGAAAGUCGCCCGUUGUGUACGAAAAAGCCAAGAGACUGCGUUUGAGUGAUAUUUAUCAAGAAUCUAGCUUCAUUGAUGUUUUCAGGGUCUCCAGUUUGAAAAUCCAAAUGGCACUGUUUUCUGCACUCUUCCACCCUGACGCCAGGCUUGUCCUCCUUCAUUCUGGCCGGAACAGACUGACUCCUGUAGGAUGCAAUAUAACAUUACAGUGACUACCAGAAAAUCUCCAAGCAAAGUGCCAACUCACACAGACAAAACCCCCAGAAGAUGUUAAAACUUUUUUUUUUUUUUCAAGUUUAUGAACUGCUUCAACGUUCAGGAUGAUAUUGUAAAGACAUGUAUAUAGCACAGACUAAACCGGAUAAUAUAUAUGCUCCUUUUUUCAUCCAUCAAGACAUUUAGACCAAAUAUAUAGUGCUGGUUUGAAUAGAUUUUCCCCUCUUGAAACUCCAGGAUGCAUUAGUUAUCGUUAGGUUUCACAGGAGGUCUUAAAGAGAACAAAUCAGUGCUGCUGGAGGGAAUGUCGGCUGUGAAGACCAAUCAGGACUUCAGCGACAUGCCUGAGGAACACCACCAGACUCUAUACCCCUCCCAGAACUCUGCAUCAUACAUGUACCUGAAUCAUUUUGUUUCCUUUAGGUUUGAAGUCUUACCAUCCUGCUCAGUCGACUUGAAAAAGAAAUAUGCUCAUGGAUUUUUAUUUUUUUUGGUUUGCAUGCAAUUUUUUUUUUUUCUUUUCAAAAGUGCCUCCUAAUAAACUGCUUGGCCACUUCAUCUUGUGUUGCCAGGUGUUACACGUUGUCUCUCAUCUAUAGUAUGGUUUUAAAAGAUAGCCAGUACACAGGAAUUCACUAUAGAGUAUUGGUUACAGUCUGCUGUAGCAAAAAGCCCCUAGUGUUCAGCACACAUGCUAAGUUUUGAUUCCCUGAUGCAAUCUGAGAUCCUCCAACAGUUUU